AUGGAAAACAAGAAAAAACACGACAUGGCGGCGCCGUACACGCAGAAGUUGGAGGAUGUUGCCGGGGACAACUUUACUCCGACUGUGAAGUCAUACAAUAACCAAACUUUUUUGCAGAGUCCUCAGGGGCGGCUGAUUCGUAUUCUCUGCGAGCUUGAGGAGCCUGCGUCGCGGCUGCGGAGGCACAAGGUGCGUUCCACCGUGCUUGUUUUUGGAAGUGCGCGUGCCAUGACUACCGCGGAGCACGAACGUACGAGGGAGAAAUACGAGGCGUCUAUCGCUGCAGCCGAGGACGAUGCGGCAAGGGUAAAGUUUCAACAGGAACUGAACCGCUUGCAGAGAACGCGAUGGAUGUGUGAGUGGAUGGACAAGGUGCAGGAGUUGUCACGUAGGAUUGCCGAAUUUGCCGUCCACAACAAGGACCUCAUCAACGCCUCCUUCACACAUAUCCCGGACUACUUCCGCCCCACCCUCAGCGAGGUGAACAAAGACGCCUCCACGACGACUUCAGAGAAUGAAUUCCUUGACCUUGUUAUCACAACCGGCGGUGGUCCCGGUUUUAUGGAGGCUGCCAACAGGGGGGCGGCGUCUGUGGAGGGCGUUGAAACGAUGGGCAUGGGCAUUUCCCUCCCCUUUGAGAAGGGCCUCAACCGAUACAUAUCUCAUGGCCUGGCAUUUGAGUUUCACUACUUUUUCACACGCAAGUUUUGGAUGAUGUACUCAUGUCGCGCCAUUUUCAUUGCGCCAGGUGGUUUUGGAACGUUGGAUGAAAUGUUUGAGCUGCUCACCUUGCGACAAACCAAGAAAAUUCCGGAUCUUCCCAUUGUCCUCCUUGGCAGCAGUUUUUGGAGGACGGUAAUCAACUGGGAGGCGUUGGUGGAGUUUGGGACGGUGUCAAAGGAAGAGAUUGACUCGCUUUGCUUUGCGGACACGGUCCAAGAGGCACUUGAAUUUAUUAUGGGCUUUUUCUUGGAGCAGGCGGAAACCCUUUAA